GCCGGGGCCCGAGAGCGAGAAGUUGUGCGGAGGCGCCGCCGCGAUCGCUCCACGGUUCAGGUGGCGCAAUCGCGGCCCCGGGAGCCCGGCAGCUACCUCGUCCUACGGAGGAAAAGGCGGCAGGAAGCGAGGACUGGCCGGUUGGCGAUCACCUGCAGGGUCGGUCAGGCGGCAGGAAGAGCCGCUCCGGCCACCGUAGGAUCGGCCCUGUCGUUGCCCGCCUGCUCGGGGCGGUGGGAGCGCGGGGCCGCAGGGCACACCGCCUGGUCCCCGGGACGUCUCAGCCAUCUUGACCGCACCGCGCGGGGGCUGACGGCGAAACUUCUUUGUCGUUGUGGCUCUCUGUCCGGCCGGCGCUGGAGCGGCGGCGAGAAAAGCGGCGACUCCCCCUACGCAGCCAGCCAGCCCCGCGAGGAGCCAUGCGACGGCGGCUGAAGGGUCUUCCUUGAGUGGACCCCCGUCGUCUGGCACAGCGUUGGGGCUUGCCGGCGGCUCCCCCUCACCGGGUGCGAGAAAGGCUGCUUCCCUCCCGGGCGACGGAACCUCGCGAGGGCUGCGAGCCCUCUCACCUGCAGCCGGCACGGAGGGGACCGCCCUCCGCCCCCCCCGAGGGGUAGCUGGGGCUGGGGGGUUUCUGUGGCGCCGCGCUCCCCGCGACUGCUGAGCGGGACGGGAGAAGAGCCGAGCCGCCGCCCGCCGCCGAGCAUGGAGUGGAGUUACCUGUUGGAAAUAGCCUCGCUGCUCGCCGCCCUGUCCCUGCUGCAGCGCGCUGGCUGCGCCGCCGGCUCGGCCGCCGCCGCGUCCUCCUCUUCGACCAAGGAGCUGUCGUGCCAGGAGAUCACCGUGCCCCUGUGCAAAGGCAUCGGCUACAACUACACCUACAUGCCCAACCAGUUCAACCACGACACGCAGGAUGAGGCCGGGCUGGAGGUGCACCAGUUCUGGCCGCUGGUGGAGAUCCAGUGCUCCAGCGACCUGCGCUUCUUUCUCUGCAGCAUGUACACCCCCAUCUGCCUGGAGGACUACAAGAAGCCGCUGCCGCCCUGCCGCAGCGUCUGCGAGCGGGCCAAGGCCGGCUGCGCCCCGCUCAUGCGCCAGUACGGCUUCGCUUGGCCCGACAGGAUGCGCUGCGACCGCCUCCCCGAGCAGGGCAGCCCAGACACUCUCUGCAUGGACUACAACCGCACGGACCUCACCACUGCCGCCCCGCCGCCGGCCAAGCCCCCGCCCCGCGGCUCCAAACCCGGCGGCCCUGCGAAAGCGCUCCCUGCCGCCGCUCCACCGGCCGAAGCCCCGCGCAAGCCGCGCCCGCCGCCGCCCUGCGAGCCGGGCUGCCAGUGCCGGGCGCCCAUGGUGUCGGUGUCCAGCGAGCGGCACCCUCUCUACAACCGCGUCAAGACGGGGCAGAUCGCCAACUGCGCCCUGCCGUGCCACAAUCCCUACUUCAGCCCCGACGAGCGCGCCUUCACCGCCUUCUGGAUCGGGCUCUGGUCCGUGCUCUGCUUCCUCUCCACCUUCGCCACCGUCUCCACCUUCCUUAUAGACAUGGAGCGCUUCAAGUACCCCGAGCGCCCCAUCAUCUUCCUGGCCGCUUGCUACCUCUUCGUCUCCCUGGGCUACCUGGUGCGCCUGGUGGCGGGACACGAGAAGGUGGCGUGCAGCGGCGGGGCGGGGGCAGGCGGCGCGGGGGCCGGGGCUGCGGGGGCUGGCGGCGGCGCGGCAGCGGGGGCGGCGGCGGCGGGGGGGCGCGGCGCGGCGGGCGGGGCGGCCGAGCUGCAGCCGGAGCUGGCGGUGGCCGAGCACGUGCGGUACGAGAGCACCGGCCCGGCGCUGUGCACUGUAGUGUUCCUGCUCGUCUACUUCUUCGGCAUGGCCAGCUCCAUCUGGUGGGUCAUCCUCUCCCUCACCUGGUUCCUCGCUGCCGGCAUGAAGUGGGGCAAUGAAGCCAUCGCCGGCUACGCCCAGUAUUUCCACCUGGCCGCCUGGUUGCUCCCCAGUGUCAAGUCCAUCGCUGUGCUGGCACUCAGCUCCGUGGACGGUGACCCCGUGGCUGGCAUCUGCUAUGUGGGCAACCAGAGCCUGGAGAACUUGCGGGGCUUCGUGCUGGCACCACUGCUCAUCUACUUGGCUAUUGGUUCCAUGUUCUUGCUUGCUGGCUUCGUGUCGCUCUUUCGCAUCCGCAGUGUCAUCAAGCAGCAAGGUGGCCCCACCAAGACCCACAAGCUGGAGAAGUUGAUGAUCCGCUUAGGGCUCUUCACUGUGCUCUACACCGUGCCAGCUGCCAGCGUGGUGGCCUGCCUUUUCUACGAGCAGCACAACCGGCCCCGCUGGGAGGCCACGCACAACUGCCCCUGCUUGCGUGACCAGCAGCCCGAUCAGGCCCGCCGCCCUGACUAUGCUGUCUUCAUGCUCAAGUACUUCAUGUGCCUGGUGGUGGGCAUCACCUCUGGUGUCUGGGUCUGGUCUGGCAAGACCCUCGAGUCCUGGAGAGCCCUCUGCACCCGCUGCUGCUGGGCCAGCAAAGGUGCUGCUGUGGCUGGGGGCACAGGGGCAGGAGCAAGUGGGCAGGCAGCAAUCACCGCAGCAGGAGGACUUGGGGCUGGAGGUGGUGGCUCUCUGUACAGCGAUGUCAGCACUGGACUGACGUGGAGAUCAGGCACUGCCAGCUCUGUAUCGUACCCCAAGCAGAUGCCCCUGUCUCAAGUGUAAGGAGAAGUAAAGAGGCCAAAGGUUAGGGAAUGAGGGACACUGGCCUGCCUAAAAUGCCCCCUCACUGUUUGGUGCCAUUAAUGAACCUCUAAUGGUCCUUAUUAGCCACAGCUUGUAUAGAACAAUGCAGCUGGUAGAGGCCCCAGGCUCCGGCCCCCUCCUCCUUCCCCUCCAUUCAUAUGCAGGGAGCAUGUACUUCAAGGAGCCAGCUUAUUAUUUUGCUGGCAGAGGAGGGUAGAGGCUCACCCAUGUCUUGCGGAGGGCAAGGCAAAGCAGCUUCUGAUUCAUUCUGGACUAACAGCAGCUCUUUGCUUCCCCCUCCCCCGCCCAAUCCUGAGGUGGGAGCCUGCUGGGACUGCAGGUUUUUGGGAUAUCGAUGACCAGGCAAAUGCCUUACAGAUUGAAUCAAAACUUGUCUUAAUUAUACACCCCAGCUAAAUACGGGUUUCCUACAUUAAGGGAUGUAUUUAUAUAAUUAUUUGUUACCUUGUACAGAUGUGUAAAAUAUGUAUAUAUCCAAAGCUAUACAGUCUGUAAAUUUUUUUUGUAAAAAAGUUUAGAGGCUACCCCUGUAAGAGCAAAUAUGAGUAUUCUAUUUUGUCAAUAAAAAUGACUUUUGAUAAA